AUGCCAACCAAGCCUGCUGUUCCUAGCCAGGAGAUCAACGCUGACGCUGUUGCUCAAUACGAGGCCUCCAAUGUCGAGACCACUGCUACUCCAGCUGCCAACUCUGAGGCUGCUACCGAGGAGGACUGGUUCGUUUUCGAGGAGCAGGACGAGCACCACUAA